UCGGGUUCGAGAUUCCAGUCAUGUGACAGACGGCUGAUCUAGGAAGAGGAGAAACCGAUAAUACUGUACUACGGCUAUGACUUUAAUUAAAUUUAAGUUAAUUUGAAUGGAUAAAUCAGCUGAGGAUCCCGUUCAUAUUGAUGUAUGUGUGAGAAACCCUUUCACCCACAACACAUGGGAAAAAGGAAGGUUUACCAGUUAUGAAAUUGCUAUUCAGACAACAGUGAAAUCCUUUUGUCUGCAGUGUUCAAUAACCAGGAGGCGCUUUAAAGAGUUUGAAUGGCUACACAAAUGUUUAAAGCAUCACCACCCACUUGAGAAUCCUCCAGCGCUUCCUCCCAAAAAGUUUUUUGGUGAACGUUUUGAUCCAUCUUUCAUUGCUUUUCGAAUGAAAGGUCUCGAGGAAUACUUAAAACAGUUGUUACAACAAGACCUGUACCUGUCAGAUGAGGCUUUACACCUGUUCCUUCAAAGUAAUCUAAGUACAGCAGAAAUCGACAAGUUCCUGAGUGGGAAGAUACCCUCUGAAGCCAUCGAACAACUCUGGAAGUGCAAGGGAGACAAAUCUAAGUGCCCGUGUUUUGGUGGUAGCAAUCAUUCCUGUCAGAGAGAGGAUGAGGAAAUUCCCUACAUGAACGACGACAACGACUCCCUCAGUGAGAGCGAGUCUAAAUCAAACGAGAGUGACAUUGAGGCCUCGAUGUCAGAGACCGAAUACCCUUGUGUGACCUUGGUAUUACCCAAUUCAAGGAUCUCCCCUAUGGAUAAACUUCGCAAUAAGACACCCCUGCAGUUUUCUAAUACAAACAACACGGAGAACUCGGAUGAUCUGAGUUCUAUGAACAUGGUGCAGAUAGACUCGGUUGACUCGUCUCACAGCAUUAAUGGAGAAACUCAAUGAUAACCAAUAGAUUUAAAUCUCACAAACAUUUCUUUACUGUCUUUGAUUUAAAACUGUUUCAUCUUUUUAGCAUUAAAAUGAUGGAACAAUGUUACACAGUUAUAAGCAUCAGAUAUUAGUUUUAUUCAAAAUUCACAUUUAAUUGUUAACCUUCCCUAUUUAUGUUUAAUUUUUUGAAGUUGUAAUUUCCAUUAGAGUUUUCAAGACUUCUAAAUGUGUACAGUAUUUUCAAACACACGUUUUGGUGAUGUAUUCUAAUAUUACAACAAAGUUUCAUUUAACCUCAAAAUGUAGACAUUUUUUUUUUUAUGAAAGAAAGGUUGUUAUGCUAUAAAAAAUUUCUCAGCUAGAACAUACACUGUAUAUUUAUACAUUAUUGGCUUUGAAUUUAUUAUACUACAGAAUGAUAUUUUGUUUUCCAAAUUUAGAUUGUGCCAAAAGAUAUUGAUCAUACCGGUAAUUAUUAUCAGAUGAAAUGUUAUUGAAUAUCUAAAAAUCAUGUUUAUCUUUUUUGAUGGUUUAGAAUUAAUACAUUAUUUAUUUAAAGCAAUGCAAUUUUUGACAAAUUCCACAUUCUAGCUGCUCAUACCAUGUGACAUUUUUUUAAAGUUAUGUAGAUAAUACAUUUUAUUUUACUAUACUUUCAUGUUAAAUACUGAAAUCUGAUUGCUUUAUAUGCAGUUGAUAAUCUGUUCUAUUACCCUCAGCGUUAGCAACACACUUGGCAACGAAUUGAUACAUGCGGGUAAAUUAUGCGCGUACGGUUCACAUCAUUUCUGUGUAAAAGCAGUAAUAAUUUCUCUAAAAUUAAGACAUUCAGUAUAAAAAAAAAAAUAGUGCCUGUUUGGGAGGAUAACAGUUUUAUUUGACACCCCUCGAAAACCACUGUCAACCUCAGCUUCGCGUCGGUUGACAAUGGUUUUCUCGGGGUGUCAAUUUCAACUGCUACCCUCCCAAACAGGCACUAUUUAUAUAAUAUACCCAUCAAUUUUCCUUUCUUGGUACUGUCUGUUUUUGAGUGUGAUCCGAUUUUCCGGAUCACCACACUGUGGUUUUCCGAUUCCGUAUCACCACUCUCUGAAACUGAUGAUGUAGUACACAUUAAAUAACAUCUGUAUUUAAGCGUGUUUUAAAAGAGUUCGUUUCAAAAUAGCUUUGUUAUACAAGUAAACGUCAUACAGUUGAUUUUAAAAAGGUAGUUUUGUAAUUAAAACUUCUAAAUGGACACUUUGUUUGAUCUGAUGAUCUGCGCCUGGCAACAUGACGUGAUCCAACCCUCUGGAAUAUGGGAAAAGUGAUUAAAUGUAAAAUUUUGUUAAUUCUUGGUUUACAUUACUUAUUGUGUGUUAAUAAAAUGUUUUGAUGAAUACUGUAAAAGUAUGAAUACUGUGCAAGAAAAAUUUGUGAGGGUUGGAUUUAUUUCUCGCAGCAAACCACUUUUCAAUUAUUAAUACUUGUAUAUUAUUUUUAGAUACAGUACUGAUCAGAUUCAACCUAACACCAAACCAGACCCCAAAAGCUGACCCCACGUCUGCUUUGUGUCUGCUCGGGGUCUGCUACGGAUUUACUGGGGUUUAGCUCUUGGGGUUUACACACUGAAAUGUGAAGCAGACCCAUUAUUCUCUUACAGCCUGUAAGCCUGCCCAUUGUAUAUUCCAAAUACACAUGUAGAGACAUUUGGUCAUUUUUCAGUGCCGAUUAUGCAUCUUCUGAUGAUAUUGGGGCCUGCUUUAUAUGUCUGAUCUAGCUGGGUCAGUCGGGGUCUGCUUGGGGUCAGCUCUGGGUUCACCAUAGCAGACCCAAAGAAGACCCUGAGCAGUCCCAGAAAGCAGACCCCGGGUUUGGCUGAGGCCUACUUUCUGUUAGGUUGGGUCUGAUUGAUACUGUAAUUUGCAUUUUGAUAACAAAAAUUAUUUGCUGUGAACCAGUUUAUCUUCAGUUAAGGGGGCUGGGGGGUGGCUGUCAUUUUAGACAAUAUUGAUCUCCUUAAAAAGAAGAGCUCCAUAUACAGAUAAUGGAAAAUGAUUAAAUUUUAUAUUAAAAUACAUGAAAUUUUUCUUUAUCAAGUAGUAGUUGAUAGCUUCAGAAAUCGCCUAUAAAAUUUUCAAAUAAAUCUGAUGGUUUUAUAUUAUAUUAUAUUUUGACCCCCCAGCCUCCUUAAUUGUGAAAUAGAGUUAUUGCGAAUGAAAGUUGGUUUACAUUAACUUAAUGUUUACUUUGUGAAAGAAUUUACAGUGAAGCUAGGUUUUAUGGUGCUUGUGCUCUAACUUUUGUCUUGACAUUAUUAAUUUGUUCUUCCAUGUGAUUGAAAUAUUCCUCCAAUGCAUGUACUAGUAUAACAUUUGUUUUUAUCAUAAUUGUUUUCCAAAAGAAAUAUUGAAAUCUAAAUAAACUCCAUUUCAUGAUUUCAAAGUUUAAUAGAGACCUAUGUAAAUCUUAAUCUGGAAUUUUUUCUAAAAUUAUGCACGUUCAUGUGAGGAGUUUUUCCAUUGAGAGUUUGAUUGGUUUUUCUGAAGGAGCAGUGUUUCUGUAGUUCAAUAUGAUGCAUAUAAGUAUGACAUGCACUGCUUUACAUACUUUUUCUCUUAAAUACCGGUAGUCAUUGUAAGAAUAAAGAUUUUUGAAGGACAUUCAA